AUGGAUGCUCCCAGAAAACAAGGAAGUGGUGAUUGCUUUUGAUAUUUUAAUAGAUUAACCGUUGACGAUGUCAUUGUUUGGUAUUGGGCAAAAACUGUCCGCAGUUGGUAAAGAGCAAGAACUACUGGACGCCUCCCGGACGGGAAAUUUAGCUACUAUUGAAAAACUUCUGCCAAGUAAACAAGAAAAAUCAAAGAGGUCAACAGUUGGUAAAUUGACAAGCAUUUGGAAGAGCGUCAGUGUAAACUGUGUGGACAGAAACGGCUACACACCCCUCCACCAUGCAGCCGUAAAUGGACACAGAGACGUGGUAGAAGGAUUGCUGCGUGCUGGGGCGGAGCCAGGACUUCAAGACAAUGCAGGCUGCACCCCGGUCCAUCUGGCAGCAUGGCGAGGAAAUGCAGAGAUUGUCAUGCAGCUACUGAAUGCUGGAACCGAAGGGGAACCAAGUGUGGAACCAGUACAAGUCAAUAAACAGAACAAUGACGGUGCCACAGCCUUGCACAGUGCAGCCCAGUACGGACAUGUGGCAGCCAUUGAUGUUCUUCUACAGAAGUCUGCCAACCCCACCAUACGAAACCUGGAGAAUGCCUCCCCUCUGGACCUUGCUGCCCAGUACGGGCGACUUGAGGUUGUUCAACGUCUACUGAUCUCAAACCCUGAACUUGCCCAUCGUCCCGCUAGCGUCCAGUCUCCACUUCACCUCGCAUCGCGUAACGGGCACUAUGAGGUUGUCCUGCUGCUGCUCGAUAAUAACUUCGAUAUUCAGACACAGACUGACACAGGGACGGCACUUCACGAAGCUGCCUUACAUGGUAAACUAGAUGUUGUAUGCCUUCUCCUUGAGCGAGGAAUUAACAUCCAUGAGAAGGAUGCGCACGGACAGACUGCCCUGGAGCUUGUUAGCAAACACAAAGGACAGCAUAAGUCAUUCUCAGAAGUCACAGAGGCUAUAAAGAUGUACAAUCAGAAAACUGAGGGCAACCCUGAUGGAUCAGGACUGUACGAUAGCCUGGCAUUGUGUCGCAGCGGGUCAGAUGCUAAAAAACCCACCGCUGCCGUAAGGCCCCUCCCCAAAGACAAACCCAGCCAUUCAGACACUGCUCCGUCUCCACCAAGCCCCUCCUUGAAGCCCCAUCUCUCAGCCCGCCCCUUGCCGCUGGAGAACCCCCCGCACACUUUUGAGGGGCUGAUGCUACCCAAGCCCCGGGCUCGGCUUAUGAGCACGCCUGGAAAUGAGGCUGAUAAACCCGUGCCUGCGCCGCGAUACUCCAUGGUGCAACUCUCUCCUGAUGAACCACCUGAGUCGUGCCCCACCGUGCCUCUAUACACACUACCUAAUAAAGACAAACAAAAUCUAGAUAGAGUUGUGAGUUCGUCCAGUUCUACUCAUAGUGCGACAGCCCCACCACUGCCGCCAAGAACCUCUGUAUUUGCUCCUGAGAAUAAAGAAUCAAGAGUUGCCCCAGAAAAGGCUGUUCGAUCAGUGAAUAUUCCAAAGAAACCACCAAGACACAAAAAGUCUCCUAUGCCAGCACGCAAAAGUGACCCUUCCAAAACUGACAAUUCCAAAACUGAAAGUUUGACAGAAGAACCACAUUCCCCAACAGUCACUUCCACUGAACUUCCUGUCAAUAAUGACUCAGCAAAAUCUGAUUCCACUUCCCAGCAUUCCUUGCAAUGUUCUGACCAAUCAGAUAGCAAAAAAACAGGAUGUGAUGUCACAGAUUCUUCUGUGACUGGUUCAAAUGAUUCCAAAUCAAACAUUCCAGCAAAAACUGCAGAUUCCCUCAUAGACAAUUCUGUCAGCCCUGUCACAGGAAAACAAGUAAGCCAAAGUGUUUACCUAGAAAUGACUGCUCCAAAACAAAGGCCGGUGUCAGAGGUCAAACCUCAGAUUCAAUCAACCAAGUUACAAGAACCAUCUGAGCAAGGAGUAGAUAAUUAUGGUAUCCUUUUUCCAAACUUGAAGAAAAAACCAGAACUUACAAGGACCAAUACUGCUCCAGAAAGCGAAUCCAUGGGACCAAGCCCAAAAUCUCCAACUGAAAAAUUCAAAGAAAAACAGGGACUCCUUAAACGUUCAAACACUGCACCAGAGGAAAAUACUUAUAUACCAAUGGACGGUACUUCUACAAAAACUGUCCCUGACAUAAUUGAACCAACUGAAGACCCAGAGGUUGAAAACGAAUACAGCGAAAUUCCUGAAAAAAGUCCAUCGUCUGAGGCACCGCCUUCCCCGCUGUAUGCUAGUAUUGGUGAUGACAUGGUGAACAGGGAGAGUAUUGAAUAUUCACAGAUUAAGGACAUCACUCCCCCAGCUUCUCCGGAUAAACCAUGUGAGGAAAAACCAGAUGAAGGGAAAGUUGGCGAAGGAGCGGUAAAAGUUGGUGAUAAGCCCAAUCACUUGGAGUUCAAAAAGCCCAGGAAGUCUGGGCUCACAUCGGGCACCCCCCUGACCCCGACAGGAUACGCCCAGCCCCCAACCCCUGAUUUUCCCCCUCCCUCACCAGCCACAGCCCUCCUCGGCAUUGAGAUGAAGAUACAGGAGAUUAAACAGGAAUGGCAGCUUUUGAUGGAUUCAAAGAGGAAAUCAAGGGACAUAACUACUAUUACUGAUGAAACAGCACUGGGGAGUAUUAAGGAGCAGACAACAGAGGUCAAGGCUACAGACAACCAUAAGGUCAAGGUUACAGGUCAGAAAUCAAAUGAGGUGAUAGAUUCAGGUGCUUCAGGAGAGAAAGAGGACGAAGAUCCUGAAAAAGACAAAAAUCAAAUAAACGAAUCAAAAACUGAUUCAGCUGAUAGUCAAACUGUGAUAGAGCAAGAAACCAAAAAUAUUCCGGAGUCUUCCAUUCCAACUGAGGCAGAUACUGUGAUUGAUUGUAGCGAGGACAGCAUGUCCAAAAACAAGCAACCCCAUCCACAAAUCAGCCCUAAGCCCCCUGUUCCUCAAAAGCCCAGGGGAUUAGGGGAUAGUUUCAAAUCUGACAAACCUGGUGCAAGGGUUAGUAUCAAAAAUAGUGCAGAUCAAAAAAGAAGAGAUAAAGAAAAUGUCAAGAGAGAAAAUGGGGAUGAGUCUGAGAGUAAGAAAUCUCCAAAUGAAAAUCUUGACAAAAACUUGUCUGUUUGUAGUGAAGUUAAAGAAGCAAGUAGUAGCAUAAAAACACCAGAAAAGGAAGAAAAACCGACAGAGGCCCCAGCCAAUACAGGAGGCUCUGGCGAAGGCACGCCUACAGCAGAGGGAGGGGCCUCACCUGUGGUCAUGAGAAGACCAAGUAGGAACAUGGCCAACCAAGAUUUGGAUGUCUUUAAAGGUUUACUUAGGGGCUCAACAGUAGGAGUUCCACGGAAGGCCACCUCCCAAUUCUAUGACGAUGUUCUUCGCAAGAGUCGAGUGCCCGUCCAAGAUGCUCCUGCGAGUGCGCUCGUAGCUGAUUUGUCCAAAAUGGAUCACGAGGAAGAUAUUGAUCUUGACGCCGUUAUGAAGAGUAUCGAUGUGGAGGUAGCGAAGCGCGCCUCACUCACCCAAACCAGCCAUGAUGCAGCAAAUUUUGAUGAUGCUGAGGAAUGGGAAAAGAUAGCAGAUAUUAUGUCAAGUUUCAGUGGAGACUUGACAAAUUUCAGUGCUCCCGAACCUGAGUCCCCCACAGUGGAAGAGUUCAAUGUAGCCUUUGAGGCGUACAUGGACCGUCUGCUAGACUCCAGGGAGCAAGGUGAAGGUCAAAUGGUCAGCGUUGGGGAGUGGCUUGAAUCACUGGGUCUUAGUCAGUAUGAGAACAACUUCAUUGCCAAUGGCUUUGACAACAUAGACUUCCUGGACCCUCGUGUGUUGGAAGAACAGGAUCUAGAGCAGAUCGGCGUGCUGGCUCACGGUGAUCGACAGAAGAUCCUGGCAAGCACCAAGGCCUUACCUCAACUAAUGCCAAUUGAUACUGUCAAUCCCCCAGCGUCAGUAGAGGAAUGGUUGACAGGGCUUCAUUUACGUCCAGAGUAUCUUGACACGUUUUUAUCGCAUGGUUACGACACCAUCGACAAAGUCCAGAGCAUCCUCUGGGACAUCCAGCUUAGAACGGUGUUAGACAUAUCAAUGCUGGGUCAUCGGAAACGUAUCUUGGCCUCUCUAGGGGAGAGGAAACCGCUCGAUCGACAAAACUCCCAGACCAAACGAACCAUAGCCCCCACCAGUCCUGAACAUCUCAAAUCUCCACUAGAUAUCAACCUAUUCAAGGACUAUCGUAAUGUGAAGCCGGUGUCCACGUCAGAAGAGCCAGAUCCAACACCCAUGGCUGUAGAUAGCAGUGAAGAUGAAGAUGUCUUCAAGAAACAUGGGGGCCAGUCAAUACGCAACAGCAGUAUUCACCUACGACCUCCCCACCUGGCUCAGGUUUCCAGCCCAGCUCGCCAGUGGAGACAUAAGCCAGAGAUGCUCAUUAAAGGAUGCUGUAACUAUACUGCUCAGUACCUUGGCUCAACUAUCGUAACAGAGAUUACUGCCGGGAUCGAGUGUACCAAAGCAGGAAUAACCAAACUUAAGCUAAGAUUUAUGCGACAGUUGCAGAAAUCUGCCCAGAUGCUUGCCAAGAUUCCAAUCAUCAUGCUGUCCAUAUCAUACAAGGGCGUCAAGUUCAUUGAUGCAAAGUCAAAGAGGGUGAUAUGUGACCAUGAAAUUGGGAACAUUUUCUGCGCAUGUCAGGACACGGAGCACCUGAACUUCUUUGCGUACAUUACCCGCGAUAUCGAGACCUGUCAACACUACUGCCACGUCUUCAGUGUCAAGUCACCGAGCUUGGCCCAUGACAUAAUACUGACACUAGGCGAGUCGUUCGAGGUAGCUUUCCAGAUGGCGAUGAAAGAAAAAUCUCUCGAAGAGGCCAUGGAACUGGACCGCAAGAUGAGUCACAGCGAUGCGGAAGACUCGCGUAGUACCUCGUCCAAAUUCUCCACUGAUACUGUAUAGCAGGGGCUUUCAGGUAAAAAGAAGUUUUAAUUGGACGACGCGCCUGUGGAAUGCUUUCAUCAAAACAGUGCCAACAUAAAACGGACCGAUUAUGAGACAUGAGUAAUCCGUUUGCUGAAUAAAGGAAAGACGAUUAAAAAGACGAUUAAAAAGGGCCAAGAAACAUUCUUUCUACAUGAAGCUGCUAUUCUACUCAUCAACCUUUUGUUUUAUAUCUUCGUAGUGUCGAAAAAAUCAAAAGUAAUUACGAUAUUUUAUUUAUUUGUGAACAAAAUCUCUUUGAACGUUCAGUGUAAGUUUAUACAUGGAUACACCAUACUUUCACACACUUUUGGCCACAGAAUCAAAAAAUGUGGCAAAUCUUUUUCUUUGGAAUUAUUCAGUGUGUAUUAUUCUUAGAACCAAUUCAUGUGUAUAAAAUAUUGAACAUUAUAUAUAGACUUGUAGAGCAGCUCAGACAUAUCCAAAAAGAAAUGUUUAUUUUUGGAGUUGCAUAUUUUACUUGUCAUUACUUAACAGGUAGUUUUGUAUCCUUACAAAACAAGUUGGUGCCAUGUAUGGCACGUUGCCGUUGCCGUACCAUAUUUUAAACUCUGCUUUUCUGAACACUUAGUUGUUGUAUUCAUUAUGAUAAUAUGUUUAUUAGUUGAAAGUGAAAGUAUGUAUAUGUUUAAGUGUGCUAUAAGCUUGUCUGUUAUUUCAAAGAAAGAAGUCGAGGUCUUGUCAUAAUCUUGGCAUUGUUGUCAUCAACGUGCUAGAAUUUUCACCUUGGUCACAUCUCAAAAACUGUUCAAGAUAUUCAAAUGAAACUUGGUACACAAACAGUUUGAGAUAUUGAAAUGUAACUUGGUACACAUGUUGCAAGAGACAAUAUGCACAUGUAUAGUAAGGCCGAUAACUCUUGCUUAAAUAUUUAUAGAAUUAUGCCAAUUUAUUUUACUACCGUAAAACAAAAAAAACCAGAGGAAUGAUGGUGUUCGCGAUGUGGCGCUCGAGUUUAUAUAUAGGGUAAUGCUGUCCUGAAAUCUAUGAGUGCUUUUAUAAGAUAUAGAUACCUCAUCUUAAAAUUAUCUAUUAAAUUCAUGUUUUAAUCAUAAUUGUAUUAAUAUUGUCCCAGUAUAGAAGAUACUUAAAUUCUUUACUUAACUUUAUUUGUUCUUAAGUUUAUUUUAUGUGAUCUGUUGCGCAUGAACAAAAAUAAAUGUCUUUCCGCAAAAGGUAGUUUAUGAAGUACUGAUACAUUUAGUGAAGAGUUUCGUUGCGUAUGGCAAGCAUUUACAGUGCUUAGCAACUGUCAGAUGACUGUGAAAAGGUAUGUUACAAAACAGUAUUUAGAUUUUUACUAUGAUUUUUGUAGCGAAUUUUAUGGUACCCUCCGAAAACAUUUUUUUGCUUGUCUAUUUCUGAUCGAGGUAUUUUCAUAGCUGGUGGCAGCAUAAGCAUUGGUGUGCAAAACUUGGACCUAGGUCAUAACUAAAGUACUGUUCUAGUUACCCAAAUGCAAUUUGAUACACAUGUUGCCAGAGACAAUAUACACAUGUACACUGAAUAGCAAGGCCCAUAACUCUGACUAAUAAUUGUUGGGUUAUGACCCGCUUUUGACUGAAAAACAAUUGAGGAGGAUUUGCGUUAACUCUGCGGGUCGUGUUUAUAAUACAUGGUUGCAUACCAAAUAUCCAUCUCAAAUGAGGAAUUAAAACUAUAUAGGAAUUGGUUAAACUUGAAUCCUGAUUAAACAUUCAUUCCACAAUAAAUAUAUCUUUGACAGUGCGCCUUUUCAAAUGUCAGUGCAAAAUUGCCUUUCGGUGAUGUUAGAUCAUGGCUUGCUAUAUGCAACUCAUCUCUGUGGCCUCGGUUCUUUAAUAUGUAAGAAAUAACUCAAUAUUCAACUCUACUAAUUUUACCUUUAUACAGUCGAGCAUGUUUUAAAAUCUUAUGUUUUAACUCUAUUAAAAACAUAAUCUCUCAUAUAUUACUUAAAAAUUUUGGUACAAAAUUUAUUGAAAAUAUUCUUCAGUUAUAAACAUACUUGAGUAAUAUCUCAAAAAUAUAACUUGUAUAAAUAUGUUUUUAUAAUAUGUAUAUUUUAUGAUAUUAUUAAUUAAGAUAUAUAAUAUAAAUAAAAUUAAGAAAUAAAAAAAUGUCAGGCUUUAAAAUCACAAGAAUUUAUAUUCUUUCAUUUUACAUUUAAUACUAGAUUUAAUGAUGUAAUCAGUUAAUUCUGCAGAUGUUUUUGUGAAAACUGAGAGGCCAGCCCUAGGCCUUUCAACGAAACAGUGACAGUUGGUUUUAAAGAAAUGUGAAAGUCUGUUUUUGAUGUAUUACUGUUAUGGAUGUGUUUUCAAGGUGAUAAAAAAAUAUAAUAUUAUUUAGUCUUAAUUUAUUAUAACAGUUGUGUUCAUUGUAUAUUUUAUGCAAUAUUUUAUACAUAAUUGGUAAAUUGUAAAAAAAAUCUGUGUAGAUAUGUACAGUGGUUUAUACCUGUAUUGUUAAAUAAUAUCACAAGUAAUUACAUUGUUAGAAACACAUGAAAUUGCGGAUGUUCGUAGAUACAAUAUAUGACGUGUAGUUAUAUAGCAUUUCCUACUUUAUGUGACCAUCGGUAUAUUUUAAGAAUUAUCGCAGUCUAAAAUUGAGUUAGAUAAGUGAUAAGCAUAUGAUAAAUCAUCAGAAAUGUGAUGCUUAAUAUGUUGACAAUGAAGUCAAAAUCACUUUUUUUUGGUUGUAACAAUUUUUCAAUUUGGAAAACUCAAUUCAGUUUUAGAAUCUGUAUACCAUAUUUUGGCAGCCGUUGUAUUUUAAAAGAUGUGUUCUUAUGUUUUACAUAUAUCUGUAGUUAACAUUCCUUUUUGAGACAAUUGAAUUGUCCAUCUGCUUUUAAAUCAGAACUAGUUUUAGUUUAAUUUGCUUUGUUUUUAUACCACACAAGUGCUGUAGUUUUUUUUAGCUCCCCUGACCAAAAAUGGCUCAUUAUAGUGAGCAGUGGUGAUCGGCUGUUGUCUGUCAUCUCUGUACGUUGUUUGUUAGUAACAUGUUUGUUAAUAUUUUAGAAGCCACAAUGUUCACCCACAUUUUAACCUAUUUUCACAAAACUUAGUCAGAAUAUGACCCUUUCAGUUUGAGGCUAAUUUUGAGAAUGGGUCAUAUUGAGUCAAAAAGUAGGUCAGGAGGGCAAAUAUAAGAAAAACACAUAGUUAACACUCUGGAGGCCUCAUCUUUUUGGAAUUUGGUCAGUUUUUAGCAGAACUAUGUCAUAUUUGGUCAGAAUAUUUGUUUCAGUGAUAUCUAGAUUAACCAUCUUAGUUUGAAGGCUUGUUCUGACAUUAAAAGCUGUGGUACUCAGGUGAGCGAUAAAGGGCCUUCACAUCACUCUCGUAUUAAGUUUAUAAAUUGUUUACUUACAAACCUGCAAAGAACAUUUUUCAAAUUGUAUUAUGUUUUAAAUGUCAUUAUUUGUUGUUUUUUAAUUAGAACAAAGUGAGUAAGAUAGUUCUAAAGUAUAGUGUUGAUCAUUAUUACAGCUUAAGUUUGCGAAUGCAAAAAAAUGACAAAAAAAGAAAACAUUAGGAGUGAAUUUUACAAAAAAAUCAAUUAUGAAAAAUCAAACAUUUUUUACGGAUACCCAUGUGUAACAUGUUCAUUAUAGAAGAUAUGCUACAUUACUGGUUAAGAUUAAAACUUUCUUAACUGAAACAAACAAACAGCUAAAAUUUGUCACAACAAUUAGUUAUAUGUAUCUUGCUUAGCUCUUGCACCUGACUAUACUUUGCCAAAACAUGGUGCCUGGUCCUUGCUUUUAUGACAACAAUAUUUACAGCAAAGUUUCUUAUGUUUUUUUGUAGUUAUAUUUAUAUUGAAGAAAAUACUAUUUCCUGCUUUGAACAAAAUUUUAAUGUUGAAAGUUUUGUUAAUUUUGUACUAUGCUGACAUACUCAUAUCUGAAAAAAAGAAUAAAGUCUGUUAAAUGUUA